AUGCCAUUCAAAGACCUGCGCGAAUACAUCGCUUUUCUCGAACAUCAUGGAGAUCUACGCCGCAUCACCGCGCCGGUGGAUCCUGAGUUGGAGAUUACCGAAAUUGCCCACCGGCUUCUGCGCGCCGAUGGUCCGGCACUGUUAUUCGAGAAUGUCAUCGGUUUUGACAUGCCGGUCGCAGUUAACCUGUUUUGCUCCCACCGGCGAAUGAAUUGGGCCCUCGACAUGGACAACGCCGACGCGCUGGCCAGUCGUCUGGAAUCAAUGAUCGAAAUGGUGCAGGGCGGCCCGCCAUCCGGGAUCGUGAACAAACUGCGUACCCUGGGAAGAUUGAUCCACGUCGGCAGCUUUCAGCCAAAAACCGUGAGACAAGCGCCCUGCCAGGAAGUGGUCCUCACCGGCGAGGACGUAAAUCUCUAUCAAUUUCCUAUCAUCAAGUGCUGGCCCAUGGACGCGGGGCCAUACAUAACCCUGCCGUUGGUGAUCACCAAAGACCCAAAUACAGGCGUUCAGAAUUACGGUAUCUACCGGAUGCAGGUUUUUGACCAAAGCACAACCGGUAUGCACUGGCAAACCCACAAGGUCGGCGCCAGGCACUACCGAGCCAGCGGGGAUCGCGAAGACGACCGGUUGGAAGUGGCGGUAGCUCUGGGGGGAGACCCGGUUGCUAUCUGGAGCGGAUCCGCUCCUCUGCCACCAGACAUCGACGAGAUGUUGCUCGCCGGUUUCAUACGGGAUGAAGGCGUGGAGCUCGUUCCUGCCAAAACCGUGGAUCUCAUGGUACCGGCCCACGCCGAAAUCAUCCUGGAAGGCUACGUGAUUCCGGGCGAAGAACGGCUGGAAGGACCCUUCGGCGACCAUACCGGUUAUUACUCACUGGCCGAACCUUACCCGGUAUUCCACGUUACCACUAUCACCAGACGCCACAGCCCAAUCUACCCCACUACCUUCGUUGGCCGUCCACCCACUGAGGAUUACUGGAUGGGCAAGGUUACCGAGCGCGUGUUCCUGCCGCUGAUCCGGCUAAUCCUGCCCGAAGUCGUUGACAUCAACAUGCCGGCAGAGGGGAUAUUUCACAACCUCGUCCUGGUUUCGGUGAAGAAGGAAUACCCCGGGCAGGCCAGAAAGAAUCCGUCUGAGGUGGCCUGGCGCGUCGCCAACAACCUGAAUCCGGGAACCGACCUGAUCAUCGCCGACGGGCCUAUUGACGACCUGGACGUUGCAUCUCCGACCCCUCGGUUCGGCAGCAAGAUGGGCAUCGACGCCACCCGCAAAGGACCUGAUGAAGGGUACCACCGGGAAUGGCCUCCUGACAUCGAGAUGAGCGAGGAGAUUCAGCAGCGCGUGUCCCGGCGUUGGUCCGAGUUGGGCCUGGACGAUCUCAUCCCGUCUCACGGCAUUUAG